AGCCCCGGCUCCCAGGAGGCGCGGGGUGAGGGCAGAUCUGGUCUGGGGCGAGCCCGGUCGCACUCGCCCCCUCCGACCGCCUGCAGCUCAGAGCUGCCAAGUUUCCAUUUCUCACCUCCUCCACCUCCUGCCGCCUAGCCCACCACCCUCCUGCUGAGAGAGGGGGGCCCACUUCUGCUCCUGCCCUCUCGGAUUGCUAGGCACAUCCAGAGGUGACUUAAAAAAAAAUUCCUGUUUCAGGGGAGGGGGUGUGGCGGGCCAGGAUGAGAAACUCCGCUCCUCUGCUCUGUUUCUGGAGCGUCUUUUGUUGCUUUGCCGCGGGAAACCCCGCAGCCCUUGGUCCAGAGGGACGGCUGGAAGAUGAGCUUGGCAAAUCCAGGGAUGUUCAGCCUUCAGCCAAACCCUCGGUGAGGUUUGGCCUUCGCACCACUAAGGACCCAGAGCACGAAGGAUGCUACUUCUCCCUCGGCCACAGCCAGCAGUUAGAAGACUGUGGUUUCAACAUGACAGCCAAAACUUUUUUCAUCAUUCACGGAUGGACGAUGAGUGGCAUGCUUGAUAGUUGGCUGCACAAACUUGUAUCAGCCCUGCAGACAAGAGAGAAAGAUGCCAACGUGGUGGUGGUUGACUGGCUCCCACUGGCUCACCAGCUUUACACAGAUGCUGUCAAUAACAGCAAGGUGGUGGGACACCGCAUUGCAAGGGUGCUCGACUGGCUGCAGGAGAAGGAUGAUUUUUCCCUCGAGAAUGUUCACUUGAUCGGCUAUAGCCUUGGGGCGCAUGUGGCUGGGUAUGCUGGCAACUUCGUGAAAGGAACAGUGGGCAGAAUCACAGGUUUGGAUCCUGCUGGGCCCAUGUUUGAAGGGGUGGACAUUCACAAGAGGCUGUCUCCCGAUGAUGCAGACUUCGUGGACGUCCUCCAUACCUACACACGUUCCUUUGGCCUGAGCAUUGGGAUUCAGAUGCCUGUGGGCCACAUUGACAUCUACCCCAAUGGGGGUGACUUCCAGCCAGGCUGUGGACUCAACGAUGUCUUGGGAUCAAUUGCAUAUGGAACAAUCACAGAGGUGAUGAAAUGUGAGCAUGAGCGGGCCGUACACCUCUUCGUGGACUCCCUGGUGAAUCAGGACAAGCCGAGCUUUGCCUUCCAGUGCACCGACUCCAACCGCUUCAAAAAGGGGAUCUGUCUCAGCUGCCGGAAGAACCGCUGCAAUAGCAUUGGCUACAACGCCAAGAAAAUGAGGAACAAGAGGAACAGCAAGAUGUACCUAAAAACUCGGGCAGGCAUGCCUUUCAGAGUUUACCAUUAUCAGAUGAAAAUCCACGUCUUCAGUUACAAGAAUAUGGGAGAAAUCGAGCCCACCUUUUAUGUUACCCUUUAUGGCACUAAUGCAGACUCCCAGAUUCUGCCUCUGGAAAUGAUGGAGCAGAUUGGGCUGAACGCUACCAAUACCUUCCUGGUCUACACUGAGGAGGAUUUGGGAGAUCUCUUGAAGAUCAAACUCACAUGGGAGGGCGCAGCUCAGUCUUGGUACAACCUGUGGAAGGAGCUUCGCAGCUACCUGUCUCAACCCCGCAACGCGAUGAGGGAGCUGAAUAUCAGGCGCAUCCGAGUCAAGUCUGGGGAAACCCAGCACAAAUUGACAUUUUGUGCAGAAGACCCUGAGAACACUAGUAUAUCUGCUGGCCAAGAGCUCUGGUUUCACAAGUGUCGGGAUGGCUGGAGAAUGAAAAAUGAAACCAGUUCCACUGUGGAGCUUCUCUGAGGACCCCCUUGCCACCCAAGUUCAUGGAGGAAAGUUACUGCUGAGGACCCACCCACCCGUUGGAAGGACCCCUCUCAGCCUUGACCCUGGAGCUCCAGGAACAACUUGUCUCCUGUGACGGCUGGGACUUCCGGCUGGAGGGGACUGCACUGCCCGUGUCGCUCCUGCUGCUUCUCUAGAAUAGCUCUAACUCCACGCCUCCGGCAACGCUUCUGGGUGCCAUGUCCACGCAGCUGGGUGCCUGGGACCUCUGGCACUGAAACCACCCUGGGCUGGUUUCUCAGUUACUGGGUGAGCCUAUGCUUUGCCUGACAAGAAACCCUGGCUCUGAAGUGACUCAGUGUGGAAGGCUGUCAGCUGCUUGGCCUGACCUGAGCCUUAGUGAGAGGUCUUUCCAAGGGGAGCUGGCUCCUGUAGGCCUCUCAACUGGUUCACACAGAGAGGGCAUGGUAGCCCUGGGCUGGUGCGAGGCAGUUGCUGUUGGGGUUCUUGUGGGCUACAUUGAUAUUCCAUCUUGUUCCUCAAAAUCAUCCUCUGAAGCACACAUCACUGGCUUUCUUGUUUUUCCAUUGUUCAUUUGAUUAUUUAUUGGCAUUUAAAAUAAUUAGCAUGUGGCAGUUGAUUUGUUACUCAACCUCUCCAUGUGGAACCCAGUGGGGUUGGCUGGGAUUUCUAGAACCCCUUCCCAUUUGGAUGGCCCGUGACUGUGUGGAGAAAGGCACAAGGGAUAUUGAAAGGGGGCUAUGGGAUGUAAGUCAGGGGCUGCAAAGCUGGAAGGGGUUUCUAUCUGUUUCGCCUUAGUUAACUUACGCUGCUUCCCCUAAGGAUGACAUGGGUGAUCACUAGCAGAAAGAGCAAACAGAGUAUCAUACCUGCUGGGGCCAGAAGGGGCAGUUGCCAGAUAGGAUUGCUUUGGAGCAAAAUCUCGUACAUUUAGGGAGAUAAGAGUUAUUCCAUUAGAUUUAGUACAGUGGCUCUAAGAUUUAAUACAGUGCCUUUUUCUUUUUGAAAUAUCUUUUUUUUAUACCAGUGCCCUUUCUAUGUUGAACUUCUUGAAAAAGCCUCCAAUGCUAGGUCUUUUUUUUUUUAAUUUCAAAAUAUUGAAUAAGGGGGUAUGAGUAGUUUUUUUUUUACAUGGAUAUCUCAUAUAAUGCUUAAGUCAAGGCUUUUGGUGUACCCAUCACCAGAAUAGCAUUCUUUGUACCCCAGAGGCAAGUUUUGCCCACAUCCACACUCCCACUCUCCUUAGUUUCUUACAUUUGGGUCUGGAUUUGAAUGAAUAUACCUGGUAUCUGAGAAACACUUUCAUACUUUCAGAAGAUUAGCAUGUGUAUCACCUACUUAGAAUGAGGUAAGUAAGCAGCUGUUAUUAUUCCUAUUUUACAAAAUUGAGGUUUAGGGAAGUUCAACCACAGGCCUAGAAUUAUAUACCACGUUGGUGGUGCAGCCAAACCGAAGGCCCAGAUUUUCUGGAGACAAAGUCCUUGUGUCAUCAUCCCUGAAAUCUCAUGAAGAUGUCUACAGCCGUUUCCCACUGAUAUGCCUCAGGUGGAAGGCAAAUAAGAACUUUUUUUCAGAGCCACCCAUAAAAUCCUAAACUCUUUGAUUAAUAUAUAACUAGGAUAAUUCCUGUGCCAAGGCGUUGGGCUUUUUAUGGGUGAGAUUUGGGAGGAGGUGUGAUAUCAGGUCGGGGAGAAGGGGUGAUUUUCUUUGUACUUAGGUUUUUAAAGGACAUUGGUUUAAUCUGUACACGCCAAAGUUGAAUCACUGUUUAAAACCAAACUUCUGAAGGCAUAACCAGUUGAGUCUAAGUUAAGGUAUGUUCUCCAUCCCAUGUGUGUUUCUGUUAUUCCUUUCAUGCUUUCUAACCAAAGUGAAGCUUGUAAGGUUGAGUAUUCCUUGUCCAGAAGUGUUUCAGAUUUUGAAUUUUGUUCAGAUCUUCAAAUCUUUGCAUAUACGUAAUGAGAUAUUUUGGGGAUGGGACCCCAGUCUAAAUACAUAAUUUCAUUUCUGUUUCAUGUACACCUUAGACACACAGCCUGAAGGUAAUUUUAUACAAUAUUUUAAAUAAUGUUGUGCAUAAAAUAAAGUUUGUGUUAAGCACUUGUAUGUGGAAUAUUCCACCUGUGGCAUCAUGUCGAUGCUCAGAAAGUUUUGGAUUUUGGAACAUUUGGAGUUGGAGCCUUUUGGAUUGGGGACGCUCACCCUGCGUUGCCGGCCAUGCUUCCUGGGGACUUUUGACUUCUGUUUUUACUAAUGGAAACUUUGGGAAUCCUCACUGUGUUGUAUAUUUAUGCAUUUGGCUUGAAGCCUUAAUUGUAUAUAAUGAUGCUUUUUUAAAAAUGCUGCUUAGAAUACUAUUUAUUUCUUAAAUGUAUAUAAUGUAUAAAAACAAAUAUAUGGUUAGUUUUUACUGUAAGAUUAACCAAUUUCAAGAUUAAACAUUUUUAAUAGUAAAAUAAUAAAAAAUUACAAAAUUUUUUAUUUAUUUUGUUAUUUUUUUUGGUGGUUUUUGGCCAGGGCUAGGUUUUGAACCCACCACCUCUGGCAUAUGGGACCAGCGCCCUACUCCUUGAGCCACAGGCGCCGCCCAAAAUUACAAAAUUCUUAUGAGUCUGGCAACUCAGUUCUUUUAAUUUGUAAGAAUUAUAACUGUCGAAGCCUGGGGUUUGAUGAAAAAAUUAAUCUGAGGUGUACUCUUUAUUUGAUAUUCAUUGUUAUCAGGAGUGGAUGACAACUCCUUUCACUAAAGAACAAGAAAGAAAAUUACUUCAAUUGUAGCAGGAUGGUCUGAAGGUAGAUUUUAGGAAGGACUGGGAGGGUGGCUGAACAUGGGGGAAUAUUAGUUAAGGAUAUAGGUUUGGUUGCAUGAGCCUAGAUAUUAGGGACUUACACCAGGGGCAAGCUGAGAAGAGAACUGUCAUGUUAAAGGCCCAGUUGGGAUUGAGGUUCUGUCAUUGUCCUAGAACCUAGAAUAGUAUUUAAAUUGAACAAGUAGUCAAUGAAUGUCUAAAUAAAUAGCUGGAGUUAGGUGUAAGAAGCUGCUACUUAAACAGGUAGUAGGUGAGCUGGGGAAAGAGCAAUUGAUUUGGAGACAGAAGUCCUGGUAUGUCGUUCAGCAUUAUGUGAGCUUUGGGCUAAAUAUAAUCUUUCUGCACUUCCAUCUGCUAUUUUCCAAAUAGAGGCAGUGCCCUACAGGGUUGUUGGAAAUGUUAAGUGUAUAGAGUUAAAAAAAAUUAGUGUUUUGUAAAAAGUGAAUUGGAAAAAGGACAGUGUGUGAUAAAGAUAAAAUAAAAUCUUUCCAUGUAUAUGUGGAAACUUUAUGUGUAAUAAAGGGGUUCUAUUAAUCAUUGGGGAAAGAAUGGAUGGUGAAUAGAUGAUGGGGGGCAGUAGAUUCAUUAAAUAAGGAGAAACAAAAUCAGAUCCUUAUCUUAACCCAUACGCAAGAUGAAUUCCACUUGAGCAAAAGGUGUAAAUGUGAAAGUCAUAAUGCUAAUAGUUAUUAUAAAAUAUAAAUUCAAAAUCUGUAAAAGUGAAAAAUAUAAAGUGUCACAGGACA